AUGCAGAUCUUUGUCAAGACUCUCACUGGCAAGACCAUCACCCUCGAGGUCGAGUCCUCGGAUACCAUCGACAAUCGCCUCAUCUUCGCCGGCAAGCAGCUUGAAGACGGCCGCACGCUUUCCGACUACAAUAUCCAGAAGGAGUCGACGCUCCACCUGGUUCUGCGACUGCGUGGCGGUGCCAAGAAGCGCUGCCAGAACGGUGCGGGUACCGAGUCGCAGUGCAAGGAUGCAGCCAUCAACCUCGUAGGCGAGUGCCCGCACUGCAGCCUCAAGUUUUGCGGGAAGCACCGUCUGCCCGAGCAGCACAAGUGUGCGCAGGUCGAGCAGGUGCGCAACGCCGCCUUUGCCGCCAACAAGGCCAAGCUCGAGAGCGAACGCACCCAGGCAACGCGCGGUCUCGCACACUAA